GAAACUUGGGGUGCAGCUUCCCGUGUCAGCUAGCACAAACGUUGUUGGGGCAAAUCAUGAUGGAUCCCAAGAUAGCAUGCCUACACUCACCCCAACCUCAGUUCCUGGCCAUUCAUCUGUCAUCACAGGAGCCCCUUCAGGUGAUGACCCCCAAGAGCACAGGGACAUGGUCAAUUACAGCAACUCAUCCUUGCAAACACAUCCGCAGAACCCUUAUUUUGAACAAUGGCAUUCAGUGUCUAAAGUUACAGGGAUUUCUAGCACCCAAGAUUUAUAUCGUAGUCGUGAGAUUGAGAGAGAGCAUUUUGAGGAUCAGAUUUCCAUGUCAAUUGGAGCAAACGUUGUUGGAAGAAAUCAUUAUGGAUCCCAGGAUGCCAUGCAUACUCUCAUCCCAAGUUCAGGUGCUCCUUCAGGUGGCCUCCAGCACAGGGACAUGUUGAACAUCUCCAGUGGAAGGAUCAUGAAUGAAACUACCAAUGACAUGGUCAAUCCAAGGAAGCGGCGGAACCUUCUUACCAGAAUGGGCACCUCUGCAGACAGCCAAGUCCGGGCGGAGGACGUAAGGAAGUUCGUCAAGGACAUUUUUAGGUCAGCCAAGCGCCCGGCCAACCCAUGGGUCCAGCAAGACUACUCCGUUGGCUCGUCGAGCCGAAACGCGAUGGAACUGGAGUUAAACCACUGUACUUUCAAGUUUCAACAACACUAGCACCCAGAUCUUCGAGCAGAUCAACUCAGCAACCCUUCCAGGGAAUGGCGUUGAUGUGACAGCGGCAGCAACGGUGCUUGAGAGGAUAUCCCAUGAUCUCCUCGACGACGACGACAUCGACAUGGAGCUCGCGGGCGUGGCUGAAGUUGAACACGCCGUGAUCAUGUCAGCAGUCAACUCCCUCUCCAACCUGCUCCAGCAAGAUCCUGCCCCAGCCACAGUACAGAGCUCACAGGCCAGCUAUGCUGCUGCUGCUCCCAAUGUUUCAGCUGAAUUGGCAACCCACUCCAAGUCCAAGGUUCUCGUUGUGGCCCCUGAUGCGGGAAGCAGUGGCGUUGGAGGUGGCAGCGACAACUGCCUGUUGCCGUCAACAAUCGUGGAGGACGUGCCAGGGGAGCUGGAGCCAAUGGAGGAUAUCGAGAUGGACCUGGAGUACCUGUCGAA